AUUUUGACUAGUGCAAUUCUAGUGUUAUAUAUUUAUUAAACUUUAAAUAUAUUUGGUGACAGUUGAGUUUAAAAAAAAAAAUUAUUUAAACUUAGGAAAAUGGUCUUUCUUUCGGACCAUUUCCCAUCAUUGCAUUGGAUUUUGUAAAGCAGUGAGGCUGGUUGAGAUACUGAACACUAUGUGCAAAAGUGAAUCAGGUGCUUAAAAAAAAAAAAAAACUAUGGAUGCUGCUCACUAUUGGUGUUAUUUUUUUGAAGAGCAGUGGAUGGGAGGGGCAAUCAGUCAAAGUUUUCUGGCCUCUGGCACCGCUCCCGUGUCUAUCAGGGGGUUUCAAGUUUUGCUCACAGCCAUUUCACAUGGCCAGCUUGUGAGCACGUCAUUGUUUUGGCUUUAUUUGGCAGUGGGAGGUGACUUCAGCCUAGUGAUAGCGGGUCACUGCAGACGGGCUGCGUUAAAAAGGGCUCCUCUGUUAAAGUGUCAUACUGCUUCUGGAUCCAUGAAUAGAUAAAGACAGAGAACGACUUAUUCAGGUCCACCCAGCAGCUGAGCUGGAGCUCGGAUGGAGGUGUGUGAGGAUUUUUUGGAAGGGAAAAAGCACAGUGAGCACUCUUCAUGUAGUGUUCUGGAAUACAAUGAUCUUGAGGCUGCUGAAGCUCUGGUCUACAUGAGCUUCUUGAGUCAGAUGUCUCCAAAACCCAGUGCCUUCAAACCUCGCCCUCUCACACCAGCGUCAGACUCCUGCGAUUCUCUCCUGCCCCCCGAACCACCAGAGCCCCCGAGGGACUUCGUCUCGCUCUCUUCACUGUGUAUGACCCCACCACACAGCCCCAGCUUUACUGAGACCUCCAACACCACAUCAGUGCCAGCCUCCCCCUCCCCACUUACCCGGCCCUGUCCCAUCCUCCCCAGUCCGAGAGCUGCAUGCCCCACCAUGGCCUCCAUCACUCAGUUGCCCUCUUCUGGGGAGCCCACAGAAAAGACCACACCCCUGCCUUGCAGAGCCAUGGCAACCAGUGUAAUACGCCACACGGCCGACAGCUCCCUGUAUCAGAACAUUCCACAAAAGACUGUUUCUUCAUCACCCACCCUGUCCUGCCAACCCCAGACCGACACCACAACGGCAUGCCAAAACAGCAGCAGACUUCUUCCUAAGGAUGACAAGUGCUCCAUUACAUCAUCUCCUCAGCCGCCGCCCCCAACCUCCAGUCCACCAAUCAUAUGCCAGAUGUUCCCGGUGGCCCAACCUGGAGUCAUCUCAGCGACGUUUAUUCAGAAGCCCAGCCCUGGGGUGAAAUCUAUCUUACCGCAGCCUCUCCUGAUGGGCUCUCCGGUGCCUCAGGGCACGGUGAUGUUCGUGAUGCCCCAGUCGCCAGUGUCUUCGGCUCCACAGUGCCAACAGACUGUUAUGACCCUAGGGAACACCAAGCUCCUGCCUCUGGCUCCCGCGCCUGUUUACGUGCCCUCGGGGCAGAGCAGCACCACGCAGGUCGACUUCUCCCGCAGGCGCAACUACGUCUGCAAUUUCCCAGGUUGUCGAAAGACCUACUUUAAAAGCUCUCACCUAAAGGCGCAUCUCAGAACCCACACAGGAGAGAAACCUUUUAGCUGCAACUGGGAAGGCUGCGAUAAGAAAUUCGCUCGCUCUGACGAGCUCUCCCGGCAUCGGCGAACACACACGGGGGAAAAGAAGUUUGUCUGCCCGGUGUGCGACCGGCGGUUUAUGCGCAGCGACCACCUCACCAAGCACGCACGGCGACACAUGACCACCAAGAAGAUCCCAUCCUGGCAAACGGAGGUGCGGAACCUCAACAAGAUCACCGCAGCCAAGGCCUUGCCCACUGGCACAGCACUACCGGUCAGCAUGCUGCUGCCAGCCUCAAACUGACUGUGAUGGAGACUGAACUCUAAACCCUCACUAAUCUUAUGCAGGGACUCGUUUUAUGAGGGCAAGGCUGCUGAUUCUCUCAUGGGCAAAAAACGUGAUUAUGCACUGGACUCUUUGCUGCACAUAUUUCGCACUCUGCAACGGAACAUUUUGUUUACUGUUGUGUAAAAGAUUUAUGCACUCUUUUGCCAAAGUCUUUGUACUAUGUUUGUCUUAAAAUUUAUUCCUUUUUCUUCUUCUUCUUUUUGUAUACAUUUAUAUGUACAUAUCUAAUGGAAAUGUAUGAUGUAUGUUAAACUACACAAAAUUAGAAAAAUAUGUACAAAUGUAUAUGUGGAUAAUUAUCUACACUGUGAUUAUCAUAUAAUACUUUUAUUUAAUACUCAUUUUUUUUAUUAAACAAUGAAGAUUCA